CCUUUCUUAAACAAGAACAAAAGAAAAAAGUCCAUCCACUGUCAAUACUCAAUACAGUCGUAUAAAAGUCGUAAACUUUCGAACUACCACUAGAACAAUAAAAUUCUCAGAUCAUCAAGAUCCGCCAUUUUCACUCUUUCAAGCUCUCAACCUUACUUCCUCCAGGAGAGAGAAAAUCAAGAGAGAGAAAAAUCAGUUGAAUCGAAGAUGUCUUCAUUCGACACCUUCAGCAAUGACGGCGAUGAGCUCAGAACCUCCGAUCGUCCUUUCGACGAUGGAUACGUCGGCUACGAUCCUAACCUUCCUUCGCAACGCUUCGAUCCGUCUUCCUUUAACGAUUUUUCCGGCGCCGAUGAAGUUACCGUUGAAAAUGAAGUGGAAGAUGAUUCACCGAUGCCGUUCGGCGCAAACCCUAGCUACAAUGAAUCGCCGUUUAGUGAUCCGAUCGCUGUUUCUAACGGUAAUGGAAAACCUUACGAUUUAGGAGUUGAUGAAGAUGGAGUUUUCUCUUCUGAUGGUCCUAUGCUUCCUCCUCCUGAUCAGAUGCAUGAGGAAGGUUUCGCUCUUCGCGAGUGGCGUCAUCAAAAUUCCCUUAGGCUGGAGGAAAAGGAAAAGAAGGAAAAGGAAAUGAGAAUGCAAAUUAUUGAAGAAGCUGAGGAGUACAAGCGUGCAUUUUUUGAGAAGAGAAAACUUAACACGGAAACCAACAAAAACAAUAAUAGGGACAAAGAGAAGAUAUACUUGACUAAUCAAGAGAAGUUCCAUAAAGAAGCAGAUAAACAGUACUGGAAAGCAAUAGCAGAACUCAUCCCUCAUGAGGUUCCUACCAUCGAAAAGAGGAGAGGAAAGAAAGAAGAUGACAAGAAGCCAUCAAUAACUGUUAUCCAAGGUCCUAAGCCUGGGAAGCCCACCGAUAUGUCAAGGAUGCGACACAUACUAGUGAAGCUGAAGCACACACCCCCACCCCACAUGAUUCCACCAAAGCCCGAGCCUGCUAAGGAUGGCAAAGAUGGAAAGGGAGGGAAAGAUGCCAAAACCGGUAAAGAUGCCAAAACUGAUAAAGAUGCCAAAACUGAUAAAGAUGCAGCAAAAACCGCUUCUGGUCCUGUUAAAGAUGCUACUCCCAAUGGUCCUCAAAAGUCCGAGGAUGAAGCUUCAACAGCUGAGCAGCCAGCCCCAGAAGCUGAGCCUGUAGCAAUUGCUUGAUAUACUUGAAUGUGUUUGUCCAGAUCUUUUUGUUUGUUUUGUUCUAUAAGGAAUCCUAAUUUCAUACUGUUCUGAUUUCUCGGUGUCAUGUAUGAUCGAGAAAGUCCGUUCCAAGCUCAGCAUUGUCCACGAGACUUAUGUCUUUCUUCUCAGGCAUAGAAUACAUUCUUUAGUUUUCUCUUUUGGGGAGUUGUAUCCAGGUUUUGGAUUUGUAUUUGCUAAGUUUGUGUCAACAGAAAGUGAAGCAUAUUGCUCCUUG